AUGCCAGACGCAGCGACCGAAUUCAACGAGUCCGGUCGAGAGGAUUUAAUCAGAGAGCUUGGCCGUGCCCUAGGUUUGGAACGGUUUAAUCUAUCAGCAUGGCUGCUUCUCUGGUUCAGUGAUGUCCAGGUCCUUCGUGACUUGGUCACUACGGUGACUUCCGAUAAAACAGCCCGCGAUGAUCUGCACGGUUAUUUGAGUCCUGGGAGUAAGAACUUUGAUGAAGUUAUCAAAGCAUGGCUAGUGGAGAGGAAAGAUAUUUCGAGGACUGGACGCGCUUCUCCUGCUACGGACUUUGAUUCGCUCUGUCGUAAGAGAGACCAGAAAAAAAGCGUCGUUACAAAAGGCCGCGAUGUCCUGAGAGCCGCUGGGUUGUUUCCCUCGGUCCUAGGGGAACGAGAAAAUACCUACGCCAACGAGACUUUUUGGAAACAUCUUGGACUCUUCUGGUCUACGGAAAAGAUCGAAGCGUGGCAAAAGGCAGCGCAAGAACAAGCCAACACCCUAGAAAACUACAUUACAAUGGCAUCCGGCGUCCAUAGGUUCUGGGAAAUGGCGCUGUUUGCCCUCAAACCAAUCGCAAAGACAGAGAACAGCCUUACCCUCCAAUUCUUUUGGAUGUCUUCCGAAAUUAGGGCAGGGGACAAUGACACUUCUAUCUCUGUGCUCGCUGAACCGUCGUUUCCUUGUUCCUCUGAUUCUACGCCAAAGGGAAGCUUGCUGUUUUGCUGCGAUACCGAAGAGAGAAUCUGCUCUGGCCGUGCUAUUACCUUGUACACAGAAAAUAGUGACACUCACCCUCUACCCUCGUGGGACCUAAUGGAGAUGCAGUGGAUGUUUCAGAGAAUAGCGGCAUUGAGAGGGACCUCUGUGACUGAGGAUAGGGAAUAG